AUGACGCUCCAACGAUUACGGCCAAACCUCACUAGAAUAAUCAAUUCAAAAUGCGUUACAUAUCCUCUAGCACAAUUUUCAACCGUAUGCCCUCGCCUAACACAGCAUCCUACACCCUCCAGAACACGGUUCCUGCCGCGAAUUUUGGACCCAGCGGUGUGGUUCCCGUUCUAUAAGACCGAGACGAGGAAAGGGAAAGCAGGCUCGAAAGAGAGAAAGCCCAAAAUACAUAAUCCGGCCACCUUCUUUGUUGUCAUGGCAAUGCUUAUCGGUUCGCAAGCAAUUCAAAUGAUCCGUAUCAGACAGACUCACGAGGAUUACAUGUGGCGGGCAGAUACAAAGAUUGCGGUUCUACGGGAGGUUAUCGAACGGCUAGAGAAGGGGGAGGAUGUGGAUGUUGAGAAGGUGCUAGGGGUUGGUAAUGAGAAGGAAGAGAAGAGUUGGGAGGACAUCUUGAAGCAAUUGGAGGAGGAAGAUGCAGAGUGGGCAGGGGAGAGGAACCAGAAGGCUCAGCCUACUCCCCCAAGUGAAAGAAGCGAUAAUGCGGCCACCGAAACUUCUAAGCCAGAGGAAAAGCCAGGAGAAAACAAGAGGCCAAGAGAAGAACCACGAAAGCCACGGGGCCCAAGAAGUGCCCGAGAUUAUGGAUUUAGCUAGAAUCCCUAUUUCGCAGAACCAUAUCAUGAUGUAUAUAAAACUGUAUAAUAUUGUACAACUACAAUCUCCAUAUC